GUCAACAGAACUUCAAAUGUUUGUUUUAAAGCGCGGCGGAGAUCUCUACAGUCUCUCUCUGCUUGUUGACGGAGCCUCCAAAUCUCCGAUCAAAUUCUCUCUUUGAUCUCUCUCUCUGUCUCAUGGCCGCCUCCGUAUCCUUCUCCUCAUCCUCCGUCUUCAGCCUCAACCCGAUACUCUCCGCUGCACCGCGCAGCACCCCACCGCUCCUCAACGCUGUUCCGGUCACCCCCCGCUACCCUCACCUCCGCUCCUCCCUCAGAUCUUCCAAUGUUCCCCCCACUUUCCCCGGUGUGAGAACUCAUGUUGCAGCUGUUGCACAAGCAACAGUUGAGGAAACCCCCAAAGUAGAAGCACCUAUUGUAAUAAUAACAGGAGCUUCCAGAGGUAUUGGAAAGGCGAUAGGUUUGGCUAUGGGUAAAGCUGGUUGCAAGGUCCUUGUUAACUAUGCAAGGUCAUCAAAGGAGGCUGAAGAAGUUGCAGAAGAUAUUGAGGCCUCUGGUGGUCAAGCCCUUACCUUUGGCGGAGAUGUUUCAAAAGAAGAUGAUGUGGAAUCAAUGUUUAAAACUGCAGUUGAUGCAUGGGGAUCAGUUGAUGUUUUAAUCAACAAUGCAGGCAUUACUCGAGAUACUUUACUCAUGAGAAUGAAGAAAUCUCAAUGGCAGGAAGUGAUUGACCUGAAUCUUACAGGCGUUUUCCUUUGUACACAGGCUGCAGCAAAGAUAAUGAUGAAAAAGAAAAAGGGUAGGAUUGUCAAUAUAGCAUCUGUUGUCGGUCUUAUUGGAAAUGUUGGUCAAGCCAACUAUAGUGCUGCAAAGGCAGGAGUGAUUGGUUUGACCAAAACCGUUGCAAGGGAAUAUGCAAGCAGAAAUAUUACGGUGAAUGCUAUUGCCCCUGGGUUUAUUGCAUCUGAUAUGACUGCGAAACUUGGAGAAGAUAUAGAGAAGAAAUUCUUACAGAGUAUCCCGUUAGGGAGGUUCGGUAAACCUGAAGAAGUUGCUGGUUUAGUGGAAUUUUUGUCCCUCAAUCCUGCUGCCAGUUACAUUACAGGACAGGUGCUUACUAUUGAUGGUGGGAUGGUGAUGUAGGAGGCAUACCGAUUUUCUUACAGGAGAUAUAUACCGGAACUGAAAGAAUUACGCAUGCAAAUGAUUUGAUUCGGCUCUUCUAAUUUCUUCGGCCUCUGAUAGAUUCUUUCAGUUUGAAAUUGUGUGUGAGCUUCUGUAACUUGCCAUGAUCAACUUGCUUGCAUGUUUUUUAUGCUCGUGACAUUAGCAUGGAAGUAUCUAUGUGCAUUUCUUGUUCAAUGUAUACGUUGCUCAAGGUC